AUGGGAUCGUGAAACACAUGCCACACUUUUGCCGAUAAUACUUGAAAUAUACACCGUUUCGUGUGGUACAUUUAUAUGGGUACCAUGGACAACAGGUACACGGUAACCGAGAAUUAAUAUUAGAGGAUAUCGGAGACACAGUAACUGAGGUCAGAUUGCACACCCAGGACAAACCCUGCGCUGCCACUGAAGAUGGAGAUUACAAAGUUUCAGAGGAUAUAUAUGUUACCUAUAUCCUGAUGAUGCGGCGUACGGAGCAUCAGAUAAUAUUAGGUCACACCUUAACUAAGUGCAUACUUUACAGAUCUACACAGCCUACCAUUGGCUGUGGGUGUACAGACAAAAUCAGCUUGUGACCAUUAGUUACAAGCAAGACAAACUGAGACCUAGGUACAUUAAUGACCAUCUGCCUGGGGUACCACGUACACGUCUACUGAGAGAAAGGGUCACCGCGGACCUCAGGAACCAGGAAUCUCAGAAUUCUAUGAGACCCUUAUUUCACAAGAAAACGCAGUGCCUGCUUCACAAUAUGGCAUUGUCACCAACAUUGAUACAACAUACUAGUACUCAUGACCAUUUGGUGUUGAUGGUGAUGGUUUUAUUUUCAUAUAACGUUUUGUCAGUCGACCUGUGUGAUGAUUGUUUGGUGACUAACUCACCGGCGUUUGAUAACCUCGUCGUAUUGGACUAUCACCUGUGGUCUAGGCCGGCGCCGCACCCCCAGCUUUGUUUCCGUCUCUGUCUGUUGGACACCAACUGCUUCAGUUAUCAAUUCAACUUGAACACCAACAGCUGCCGAGGGCACGCGUCCACCUUCACGUCUCCCCAUCUCGUUAACACCUCGACAGAAACUGGAAACAAACUGUACCUGACGUGCAAAGAAUAUCUUGGUUGUUUUAAGGAUAGCGCGGCACGUAUAUUGCCACAUCCAUAUUCAAGCCAAAGCUUGACCCAAGAGGUGUGUACAGCGUACUGCACAACAGAGGGAUACGCACUUGCGGGCACUCAGUCAGGAAAUCAGUGCUUCUGUGGCAACUCUAUUCCAACUGGUCACAUCAGAGAUGAUGAGAACAACUGUCAACGUCCAUGUGCGGGAAACACAACGCUAAUAUGUGGAGGGACAUGGUACUCAUCUGUAUACACAACAUGACAUAGCGUUCUUGGUCGCCUCCGUGGUUUGAGGGAAGAGCGUCCGCCCGGAGAGAGGAAGGUCGGGGUUCGAUCCCCGGUCGCGUCUUUCCAAACGACGUUAAAAGAUGGUUCUUGUUGUCACCCUGCCUGGCUCUCAGCAUUAAGCGUGUCUGAGUCGGUAUUCAUGUUUAACUGCGAAAUGUUUUUCGUGGACUGACAAUAUAAAAUUGGCAUUCGUCCACACUAAUAGAAGCAGCCACACCCACACACCCACACCCACCCUCACGUGCAUGCGUCGCUAGAUAAGAGCAACAAUCCUGAACUGGUCUUUGAAAGGCAUUUAGAAGUGAUACGCAUAAGGAAGAGAGUAUAUGGAUGCCCUUAACAAAAGGUGGAAAAUAACAAAGGGUAGAAGCCAACAAAGGAAGCAAACAGAAGCUUACACUUAAGUUAUCAUAGAUAAGUAAUUGGUAAUCUUAUCAAGUUUGUUGUCCUUACAUGUACAUAUAUAUGCUCUCUGCCUCAUGGCAUU